UAGAAAGUUCACAGAAAACCCCAUUAUAUAACCGUCUUCUUCCUCCGCUAUAAAUACCAACAACCACUCCUUAACAGAGAUCCAAAUCUAUGAUUAUGACGAUGAAACACCAUUGCCUUCUCCUCCUCUCUCUUGUGUUGGUGUCUUACGCUACACGCUCCGACGGGGCGCCGGGCGGGUGGGAGGCGAUCAAGGACGUGAAAGAGCAGCACGUGGUGGAGAUCGCGGAGUAUGCAGUGAGUGAGUACGACAAGCGUUCUGGUGCGAAGCUGAAGCUGGUGAGUGUGUUGAAGGGCGAGACCCAGGUGGUGGCCGGCACCAACUACCGUCUGGUGCUGAAGACCAAGGGCGGUUCCGGCGCCACCAAUUACGAGGCCGUUGUGUGGGAGAAACCUUGGCUCAAUUUCAAAAACCUCACUUCCUUUAAACCCCUUCCUGCAUAGAUAAUAAUCUCCAUCUUCACUUCAUUCCAGUUGAGUUGUGCUCUUUUCUCUAUUAUCAACUCCAUUCCCAGUUAAUGUCUUGUUUUUUGGAUGUGUGUGCUAAGUUUGUAAUCGUUAAUGUAAUUAUUGCUGUGUAAUGGAUUCUUCUAUACCCUUCUAUGUUCCUUUUAUGUUCACUCUGUCUUCGUUUAUGAUUUCUGAUCUGGAGAAGCUAUGCCUGUACUAGAAACUUUCAUCGGAUUGUGUUGUGAUUGUUGAACAAAUUGUAUAAAAGUUACGAAUAAAUUUCGAUGACGAAA